AUGAUUGAUAUAGCAGCCGAAGCAGGUGCACAAAUAAUUUGCUUGCAAGAAGCCUGGCCAAUGCCUUUUGCUUUUUGCACGCGGGAAAGACUCCCUUGGUAUUUUAGUAAAUAUUUUUUACUCAAAAAUUUAUAAAGGACUGAAUUUUCUGAAUCCGCGGAGGAUGGGCCGUCAACUAAAUUUCUAAGCAAUGUAACUUAUAAUAAUAAAAGAGCGGGCUCGACCAGCUCGACCAGAUGAUUCGAACCAUACCAGGGCGUACCAGGCGAACCAUACCAUCCGGAUAUUGAACAAAGUUAUAGCUCGGCUGUACAUUAAGUCGCG